ACGUCAGGUGCUGCGGGCUCGUCACUGCGCCCCUGCAUCCCCCUGCCCGGCCCCCCUCCGCAGAAUAAGCUGUUUUCUCAUCUAUGUUGGGUACCACAGAGUGACUGAGAACAGGAAGCGGAGGCAGAAGCAGAGAGGAUUCUGGAAAGGUCUCUGUGUUUUCCACCGAGAAUACAGAAAUUACGAUCAAUUACUAAGGCUUUGUGGAUGGAAAUCUGGACGGUUUCAGGAGGACACACGUAUUGCAUUAAUUUUGGAUGCUGGGCUUUGCAGUGAUUUUUCAUUCUCUUUCAAUCAGGUUGGAAAAAUAUGUCUGUGUGGAUAUGUAGACUUACCCUUGUCUACUGAAAUUAAUUUUUGAUAAGCUUUGGACACAGGAACAAAGAAUGAGAGAGGCUUGAAGGAACUGCAGUCUUGAAGAAGCUUCAGGUCUCGAGGAGAAACCUUCCUUACCAAUUCAUUUUCUGCUAGAAAUGCAGUCUUUUUCUUUUCACAUUAGCAAAAGAUGCAGAGGUUAAAUUCUGAGAUUUGGCAUUUCUUAGAAAAAUAAAGGUCAUUCUUAUGCAAGAAGCUAAAAGUAAUUAAAUUUGCAGGAUGAAAACAUGGCACAGGCACUGCUGGUACCACCUGGACCUGAAAGCUUCCGCUAUUUUACUAGAGAUUCUCUCGCAGCUAUUGAAAAGCGUUCUGCAGAAGAAAAAGCUAAAAAGCCCAAGCAAGAACAUACAGAUGAUGAUGAUGAAAAUGGUCCAAAACCAAACAGUGACUUGGAGGCAGGAAAGACGCUGCCAUUUAUUUAUGGUGACAUACCUCCAGGAAUGGUAUCUGAACCUUUGGAAGACCUGGACCCAUAUUAUAUCAAUAAAAAAACUUUCAUAGUAUUGAAUAAGGGAAAAGCAAUUUUCCGAUUCAGUGCCACAUCUGCCUUGUAUAUUUUAACUCCUUUUAAUCCCAUCAGAAAAAUUGCUAUCAAGAUUUUUACUCUUCGUGCUGCUGGGAAGACAUACAUGAUAUUUUUUGUUCUGGUUAUUUUUCUGGGCUCUUUCUAUCUGAUAAACCUGAUCCUGGCUGUGGUUGCCAUGGCCUACGAAGAACAAAAUCAAGCAACAAUGGAAGAAGCAGAGCAGAAAGAAGCAGAAUUUCAGCAGAUGCUGGAACAACUGAAGAAGCAACAAGAAGAAGCUCAGACAACAGCAGCAGUAGCAGCUGCAUCAGUUGCAUCAAGAGAUUUCAGUGGUGUAGGGGGAUUGGGAGAACUCUUGGAAAGCUCUUCAGAAGCAUCAAAGUUAAGCUCAAAGAGUGCUAAAGAAAGAAGAAACAGAAGGAAGAAAAGAAGACAGAAAGAAAUGUCUGAAGCAGAGGACAAAGGAGAUAUUGAUAAGUUCCCAAAGUCUGAGUCAGAAGACAGUAUCAGAAGGAAAAGUUUCCGCUUCUCCACAGAAGGAAGUCAACUGACAUAUGAAAAAAGGCUCACUUCUCCUCAUCAGUCUUUGUUAAGCAUUCGUGGUUCUCUGUUCUCACCAAGGCGCAACAGCAAAACCAGCAUUUUCAGUUUCAGAGGUCAUGCAAAGGAUAUAGGAUCAGAGAAUGACUUUGCUGAUGAUGAACACAGCACUCUUGAAGACAAUGAGAGCAGAAGAGAUUCUCUCUUUGUUCCAAAUCGACAUGGAGAAAGGCGCAACAGUAACAUUAGUCAAAGCAGUGUGUCGUCUAGAAUGAUACCAGCCCUUCCAGUGAAUGGGAAGAUGCACAGCACUGUGGAUUGCAAUGGAGUAGUUUCCUUGGUUGGAGGGCCUUCAACUCUAACUUCUCCUACUGGUCAGCUUAUGCCAGAGGGCACCACUACAGAAACAGAAAUAAGGAAAAGAAGACUGAGUUCAUACCAAAUUUCCAUGGAAAUGCUGGAAGAGUCUGCUGCAAGACAAAGAGCAAUGAGCAUAGCCAGCAUACUUACAAAUACAAUGGAAGAGCUUGAAGAAUCCAGACAGAAAUGCCCACCAUGCUGGUACAGAUUUGCAAAUACUUUCUUGAUCUGGGAUUGCUGGAGUCCAUGGUUAAAAGUAAAGCAUGUCGUCAAUUUAGUUGUGAUGGAUCCGUUUGUUGAUCUUGCUAUAACGAUUUGCAUUGUUUUAAACACCUUGUUUAUGGCCAUGGAGCAUUACCCAAUGACAGAACAGUUUAGCAGUGUCCUUUCUGUGGGGAAUUUGGUAUUCACUGGAAUAUUUACAGCAGAAAUGGUACUAAAGAUUAUUGCCAUGGAUCCUUAUUAUUAUUUUCAAGAAGGCUGGAAUAUUUUUGAUGGUAUUAUUGUUAGCCUUAGUUUAAUGGAGCUUGGUCUUGCAAAUGUUGAAGGAUUAUCUGUUCUUCGGUCAUUCAGAUUGCUUCGAGUCUUCAAAUUGGCAAAAUCUUGGCCAACACUAAAUAUGCUGAUUAAGAUUAUUGGCAACUCAGUGGGGGCUCUGGGGAAUCUGACCCUGGUGCUGGCCAUCAUCGUGUUCAUUUUCGCUGUGGUUGGGAUGCAGCUGUUUGGGAAAAGCUACAAGGAAUGCGUCUGCAAGAUCUCCAGUGACUGUGUGCUUCCUCGCUGGCACAUGCAUGACUUUUUCCACUCUUUCCUGAUUGUAUUCCGAGUGCUGUGUGGAGAAUGGAUAGAAACAAUGUGGGACUGCAUGGAGGUUGCAGGCCAAACCAUGUGCCUUAUUGUUUUCAUGCUGGUCAUGGUGAUUGGAAACCUAGUGGUAUUGAACCUAUUUCUGGCCUUGCUGCUGAGCUCGUUUAGUUCAGACAACCUUGCUGCUACGGAUGAUGAUAAUGAAAUGAACAAUCUCCAGAUUGCUGUGGCAAGGAUUCAGAAAGGCAUAGAUUACGUUAAAAAAAAGAUACAGGAGUUCAUCCGAAAAGCCUUCGUAAGAAAGCAGAAGUCUUUAGAGGAAAUCAAAGCACUUGAAGAGCUAAACAACAAGAAAGACAGCUGCAUUUCCAAUCACACUGCUGUUGAAAUAAGCAAAGAUCUGAAUUACCUUAAAGAUGGGAAUGGAACCACCAGUGGUGUAGGCACAGGCAGCAGUGUGGAAAAAUAUGUAAUUGAUGAAAACGAUUAUAUGUCAUUCAUAAACAACCCAGGCCUCACUGUGACAGUGCCCAUCGCACUUGGAGAAUCAGAUUUUGAAAAUUUAAAUACAGAAGAAUUUAGCAGUGAAUCUGAUAUGGAAGAAAGCAAACAGAAACUAAAUGCAUCAAGCUCAUCAGAAGGCAGCACUGUUGAUAUUGCUCCUCCUGGAGAGGGCGAGCAAGCAGAAAUUGAAAGUGAAGAAGCUCUUGAACCAGAAGCCUGUUUUACUGAAGGUUGUGUACAGAAAUUUCCAUGUUGUCAAGUAAGUAUAGAAGAUGGCAAAGGAAAAACUUGGUGGAAUCUCAGAAAAACCUGCUACAGCAUAGUUGAACACAACUGGUUUGAAACUUUCAUUGUAUUCAUGAUUCUCCUCAGCAGUGGAGCACUAGCUUUUGAAGAUAUAUAUAUUGAACAACGCAAAACUAUCAAGACCAUGCUAGAAUAUGCUGACAAAGUUUUUACGUAUAUUUUCAUUUUGGAAAUGCUUUUAAAAUGGGUAGCAUAUGGUUUUCAAAUAUAUUUUACAAAUGCCUGGUGCUGGCUGGACUUCCUGAUUGUUGAUGUUUCAUUGGUUAGUUUAAUAGCCAAUGCUCUGGGCUAUUCUGAACUUGGUGCCAUUAAAUCGCUACGGACAUUAAGAGCUUUAAGACCUUUAAGAGCCUUGUCACGAUUUGAAGGAAUGAGGGUGGUUGUAAAUGCACUUGUAGGAGCAAUCCCGUCUAUCAUGAAUGUAUUGCUGGUAUGUCUUAUAUUCUGGCUAAUCUUCAGCAUCAUGGGAGUAAAUCUUUUUGCUGGAAAAUUCUAUCACUGUGUCAACACCACAACUGGUGAGAUGUUUGAUAUCAGUGAUGUCAACAAUUAUACUCAGUGUGUGGAACUCAUAAAAAGCAAUCAAAGUGCUCGAUGGAAGAAUGUGAAAGUAAACUUUGACAAUGUAGGAGCUGGAUAUCUUGCUCUACUUCAAGUAGCUACUUUCAAAGGAUGGAUGGAUAUUAUGUAUGCUGCUGUUGAUUCACGAGAUGUAAAAGAUCAACCUAAGUAUGAGGACAACUUGUAUAUGUAUCUCUACUUUGUCAUUUUUAUCAUAUUUGGAUCAUUUUUUACCUUGAACCUUUUCAUUGGUGUUAUUAUAGAUAACUUCAACCAACAAAAAAAGAAGUUUGGAGGUCAGGAUAUAUUUAUGACAGAAGAACAGAAGAAAUAUUACAAUGCAAUGAAAAAACUGGGAUCCAAAAAGCCACAGAAACCUAUACCGAGGCCAGUGAACAAAUUCCAAGGCAUGAUCUUUGAUUUUGUAACCAAACAAGUAUUUGACAUCAGCAUCAUGAUACUUAUCUGCCUUAACAUGGUCACAAUGAUGGUAGAAACAGAUGAUCAGAGUAAAGAAAUGGAAACAAUUUUAUCCCGGAUUAACCUGGUGUUUAUUGUACUUUUCACUGGAGAAUUUGUCCUGAAAUUGAUUUCACUUCGCCAUUACUACUUCACUGUAGGCUGGAAUAUUUUUGAUUUUGUGGUUGUGAUUCUCUCCAUAGUAGGUAUGUUCUUAGCUGAGAUGAUUGAGAAGUACUUCGUAUCUCCCACACUAUUCAGAGUCAUCAGGCUUGCCAGAAUCGGUCGAAUCCUGCGCCUCAUUAAAGGCGCUAAGGGAAUCCGCACUCUGCUUUUUGCUUUGAUGAUGUCUCUUCCUGCUCUGUUCAACAUUGGGCUGCUGCUUUUCCUGGUCAUGUUCAUCUAUGCCAUAUUUGGCAUGUCCAACUUUGCCUAUAAACCAAACAAAGUCCAGCUUAUUGCAAUGGAUCUGCCCAUGGUGAGUGGUGACCGAAUUCACUGCCUUGACAUCUUGUUUGCUUUCACAAAGCGUGUGCUGGGGGAAAGUGGGGAGAUGGAUGCCCUCAGAAUACAGAUGGAAGAUCGGUUUAUGGCAGCCAAUCCCUCUAAAGUCUCCUAUGAACCAAUUACAACCACACUGAAACGAAAGCAGGAGGAGGUGUCUGCUGUCAUCAUUCAGCGUGCUUACAGACGUCACCUAUUAAGGGUAAAAGUUAAACAGGUGUCUAGUAUAUAUAAUAGAAAUAAAAACAAAGAAGGAGAUGGACACAUUAUAAAAGAGAUAAUUAUUGAUAAACUAAAAGGGAACUCCACUCCAGAAAAAACGGAUGAGAGUUCCUCUACAACUUCCCCACCCUCUUAUGACAGUGUAACGAAGCCAGACAAAGAAAAAUAUGAAAAAGAUAAAGCAGAAAAGAACUACAAAGGUAAAGACAUCAGGGAAAAUAAAAAAUAAUGAUCUAAGAAUUUUGUUAAUGGGACAACUUGUUUACAGUCUUUGAGAAUGAAUCAUCAACUGGACUCCUGCAGGAGAUUUAUGCCAAACUGACAUUUUUAAACAUAUAUAUGUGUGUGUGUGUGCGCGCGCGUGUGUGUGCAUAUAUAUACAUUAUAUAUAUACUUAAGGUCAGUGCCUAUAACAAAACAGUGAACCUCCAUCAUCAGACUGUGACUCUGUUAAUCAGGGUAAAAAACUUGACAAGAGGUUACUGUUUUCACUACAGCUGACACUGCUAAGAAUAAGGAAAAGGUGGCUCCAUGGAGAAGAUGGAGCAUGAAAUGAGUGUGAAAGGAGACUUUACUUCCACAACAUGUAGAACAGUAAUUCUCUUCACUGUUUGUAAUGCAACUGCCACAUUUGUCAUAUUUUUACAAAAACUGUAUUAGUGUAUUUAUCAUUUUUUAAUUCACAGGUUGUUUACUAUUAUAUGUGACUAUUUUUGUAACAGGUUUUAUGUUGGGGAAAGAGGUAUGAGGACCAGGAGUUCUACUCUCAGAUUCUCUAUAAUGUACAGAUAGGAAUGAUUUGCAUAGACAUGCUGCACUUGUCAAUCAUGCAUAAAUAAAAAUAUGACGUUGCACAAAGCUGAAGAUUUUAAGAACUUCCAUGUUUCAGGGUUGCUCUUAAAUGCGAAGUAUUCUAACUACUUGUAUGGCUGCAUCCAGAUUAUGUGCAUCCAGAUUAAUGUGCCUGGAGAGUCUCCUCUAAUUUACAGGAAUCUGCAAUGACUUAUUUUUAUGUGAAUGAUUAAACAUGAACAAGUUCUUGUUUAUGUUAAAAUAUUUACAGCUCAAAAAAUAUUGUGCAGUUUCUGCACUGGAAAAAUAGCUUCACCAAAAUACAUCUGGGAGUUCUUUUGUUUUGUUUUUAACAGCUUGAUUUGUUUUUUUUUCCUGGGCUAUUCUUUGGUUACAGUCUUAUCUCAUUAUCUCCAACAUCCAGAGAAUCCAUAAAAUACCCUUUUCCAUGUAAAUAUUAACAAUAUACUGUUGUGCAUAUUUGAUCAUAGAAUUAAAUAGCUUUCCUGCAUUGAAUUGCAUCAAAUAUGUACCACAGUAUGGUUAAUUUUCAAGAGCUCAACAGGACAUGUUGUAUUCUGUGUCAUAGUUAGGAGAGUAUCACUGAUGCAUGUCAAUGCUUUUGCUGCUGUACCUUGCUCCUUCCACUGUCCACAGUCUCCACUAUAGGAUGCCAUGUGUCAGUGAUGAAGUGAAUCAAGUUGUCCAACCAGACCUCAUUAUUUCAAGUCAUUAAGCAAUAGUUUGCAGCUAUUUAUGAGCUUUUUUAGUUUGGCAUUUUAAAUUUGAAGUGGCUGCUAUAUGGUGUAGAAUCAGACUGUACAGGCCAUAUUGCAAACUGUUAAACCUGUUGACAAUGUGGUUAGCAUAUAUAAAUAAUGUAAAGAAAUACCAUUUGGCAACAGUUCUGUAUAUAAGAAAAGUGUCUUCAAGUUUAGAUCACUAUUUCUUAUAUUUCUUUCCUCAUUCACUUGGCUUAUUUUAUAACCACAGUUAGAAACCAAACUGGCAUCAUCACACUAUGAGAAAAAAAAGUGAGUAUUUGUAGACUAUCUUGUUUUAAUAAUAUAUUUGCAUAUAUUCCAGUGUGAAGUAAAUUGUGUAAAUCUGGAACCCAGCUUGUUUCCAAAUAGUUACAGGACAUAGCAAGGAAAGCAUUAGGGGAAUGUGUGAAUUUCUAGCAAUAUUUGCAUCAGAAGUUCCAAGAUAGUCUCAUAGUUGAUUAAAUCCUUGCUAUCUUGCAGUGUCUGUUUACAUAGUCUACUCAUUCUUUUUUGAAUCACAGUGCACUAGGCUUGUACAAAUAAAAUAUUUCCCAAGAGAAAAUGGCACAUUUGUAUAAUUGAGGACAUCAGGACAUUUUGUGUUUCAUACACAAGUUAACAUUAAAUGUAGAAUCUUUCUUUUACAAAUGCUUUUGACUUGUAAUGUGUUGGUGAAAUGCAUGCAGGAAAUUGUUAUUAUCAUAAACAACACAAACAAUAUUACAUAUGAGCCAAAAAAUAAAGAUUUCUUUUUUUUAAA